AUGUAUACGACCAAGUUUUAUAGGCCUUUGCGCGGAGUGAGAAGCUUUCAUUCCUCAAUUGUCAGACCGUUUACAAUCCCCUUCUUGCCAAAGAUACCUCAAAAACCUGGGGGGGUGAGCGGAACAGCGAACGAUUCCUCUUAUAUGCUACCUGAAAGCAGAGCUCACGGUUCAUAUCAUUGGAUUGUAGAGCGUGGCCUCUCUUUAAUGGUUCUUCCAUUGAUUAUGGUUCCUUUGGUCACUACAGGUCCUAUUUCUAUUUUUGCUGAUACGUUUCUAUCCUUGGUUCUGCUGGGUCACUGCCAUAUAGGGUUUCAGUCUUGCAUUAUAGAUUAUGUUUCAGAAAGAGUCUAUGGCAAGGUGCAUCACUAUGCCAUGUAUUUAUUGAGUUUAGGCACAUUUUUAUCACUAGUUGGUAUAUAUAAGUUAGAGAGCCAAGAAGCAGGUCUUAUUGGGUCUCUAAAGCCUCUAUGGGAAAGCGAACCGGUCAAAAAGAAGGAGAAAAUAGUGACUGGAAAGACGAUAUAG